AUGGUUAAUUGUUUAAAAAAAAGUGAUGAUGUACCUGAUUGUUACAAUCGAGUUCGUUAUAUUCCAGAUUCUUGUAAAUUAAAUAAAAGUAUUGAUAAGGAUGUAUCAAAAUCAUUGAAAGAAUUUUGUUUGAGUGAUGUUGCACGUUGUUAUCGUUCUCCAUAUAGAACAAAUGGUGCUUUAUCGAUUUUAAAUCAAACAAUUGAUGAUUUAAUUCAAAUACAUGAUUUUAUUGAUUCAAAAAGAAAAGAACGGCUUGAACAAUUUUAA